AUGGCACCCAGAUACAAGAAAGGCCAAAUGGUCACAUACAAGCCUGUCGGAGGACCUGGUUCGAACACUCCGGAGAGUACUGGCAAAAUUAAUGGUGUCCUUACAGAGCCAGGUAUCCAGGCGGAUAGGAACGUUCAGGCCAGCGCUGAUAAUCCUCGAUACGAGGGUAUAAGUAGACGACCGAAGGAUAAAUCAGGCGGAGCGUCCCGCGCUGGUGGCGCAAGAGCGCAAGAUGGCGGUGCCAAACCUAAGAAGGCCACUUUCGAAACGACCAAGAAGAAAGAGAUAGGAGUUUCUGAUUUGACCCUACUUAGCAAAGUAUCGAAUGAAGCAAUAAACGAGAACCUAAAGAAGCGAUUCGAAGGCCGCGAGAUUUAUACCUAUAUUGGCCAUGUCUUGGUUUCCGUUAACCCCUUUAGGGACCUCGGCAUUUAUACCGACCAAGUCCUCGAAUCAUACAAGGGAAAGAACCGUUUGGAGAUGCCGCCGCACGUCUUUGCGAUCGCCGAAUCAUCAUACUAUAACAUGAAGGCCUACCACGAGAACCAGUGUGUUAUUAUUUCUGGAGAGUCAGGAGCUGGUAAGACCGAAGCCGCCAAACGGAUCAUGCAGUACAUCGCAAACGUGUCUGGCGGUGAGAGCGGCGAGAUCAAACAGAUAAAGGACAUGGUGCUAGCAACAAACCCGCUGCUUGAGUCUUUCGGAAAUGCGAAAACAUUAAGAAAUAACAAUUCCUCCCGGUUCGGAAAGUACCUACAAAUACACUUCAACGCCAACGGAGAACCUGUAGGCGCUGACAUCACGAAUUACCUACUCGAGAAAUCACGGGUGGUGGGCCAAAUUACCAACGAGCGAAACUUCCACAUAUUCUACCAAUUCUCCAAGGGAGCUUCUGAAAACUACCGGACCAUGUUCGGUAUUCAAAAGCCGGAGACGUAUACUUACCUUAGCCGGUCAAAAUGCUACGAUGUCGACGGCAUAGACGAUCUGGCUGACUUCAAGGAAACCUUAGAUGCCAUGAAGAUUAUUGGCCUUUCUCAGGGUGAGCAGGACGAUGUGUUCCGCAUGUUAGCUGCCAUUCUCUGGACUGGAAACAUACAUUUUAUCGAAGGCGAUGACAUGAAUGCUGCCGUAGCUGAUCAGUCUGUUGUGGAUUUCCUCGCAUACUUGCUUGAGGUCUCACCCGAUGCACUAGUCAAGGGUAUAACAAUUCGGGUUUUGACCCCAAGGAGUGGAGAGGUAAUCGAGUCCCCAGCGAACGCAGCCCAAGCAAAUGCUACCAGAGAUGCACUUGCUAUGGCUAUCUAUUACAACCUCUUCGAUUGGAUUGUUGGGAGAAUAAACCAGUCACUACAAGCCCGACAGCAGACGAGUAACAAUAUUGGAAUUCUCGAUAUUUAUGGAUUUGAAAUCUUCGAGAAGAACAGUUUUGAGCAGCUCUGCAUCAACUACGUGAACGAGAAGCUACAGCAGAUUUUCAUUCAACUUACUCUCAAGGCUGAACAAGAAGAAUACGCACGGGAACAGAUCCAAUGGACUCCCAUCAAAUAUUUCGAUAAUAAGGUCGUAUGUGAUCUUAUUGAGCAGAUCAGACCUUCCGGUAUCUUCGCCGUCUUAAAGGACGCCACCAAGACAGCCCAUGCCGAUCCCGCUGCGUGUGAUCGUACCUUCAUGCAGAGCAUUAACGGGAUGUCUAACGCCCACCUUACUCCUCGCUCAGGAAGCUUCAUUAUCAAACAUUACGCCGGCGAGGUUAGUUACACCGUCGAAGGAAUCACAGAUAAAAAUAAGGACCAGCUCCUCAAGGGUGUUCAAAAUCUGUUCCAGCAGAGCUCGAACCAAUUUGUCCAUACGUUAUUCCCUCAUUCAGUAGAUCAAGAUAACCGCAAGCAACCCCCAACCGCUGGUGAUAGAAUCAGAACUUCGGCCAAUGCUCUCGUAGAGACUUUAAUGAAGUGUCAGCCCUCGUAUAUCCGAACAAUUAAACCAAACGAAAACAAAUCGCCAACCGAGUACAACGUACCAAAUGUCCUACAUCAAAUCAAGUAUCUAGGUCUACAAGAGAACGUUAGGAUUCGACGCGCGGGUUUUGCCUACCGUCAAUCAUUCGAGAAGUUUGUCGAGCGUUUCUUUCUACUGUCUCCUGCUACGUCCUACGCAGGCGAGUAUACUUGGCAAGGAACCGAAGAGGCCGCGGUGAAGCAAAUCUUGAAGGAUACGAGUAUUCCGAAGGAAGAAUGGCAAUUAGGUGUUACGAAGGCUUUUAUCAAGUCUCCGGAGACGUUGUUUGCUUUAGAAACCAUGCGAGAUCGAUACUGGCAUAACAUGGCGACCCGCAUUCAAAGAAUGUGGAGGGCGUAUCUGGCUUACCGCGCAGAGUCAGCCACCCGAAUCCAACGAUUCUGGCGAAAAAAGAGAGUUGGUGCCGAAUAUCUACAACUUCGAGAUCAAGGCCAUAAAGUUUUGCAAGGGCGCAAGGAACGGAGACGUUUCAGUCUACUAGGUUCUCGACGUUUCUUGGGAGAUUAUCUGGGAACCAACGCGUCAACUGGGCCAGGAUUCCAUAUACGAAGCGCUAUAGAACUAUCAAGCAACGAGAAGUCUAUCUUCUCGUGCCGUGGGGAGGUUCUCGAGGCUAAAUUCGGACGAUCAAGUAAACCUAGCCCUCGCAUUCUCAUUGUAACUAAUAGCAAGUUCUACAUUGUGGCGCAGUCCUUGGUCAAUCAUGAAGUCCAAAUAGUUGUUGAACGUCAAAUUCCUUUAGGAGCUAUUAAGUUCAUCGGGGCUUCAUCGUCUCGCGACGACUGGUUCUCGUUGGGGGUUGGGUCACCUCAGGAACCCGAUCCGUUACUAAACUGUGUUCUUAAAACAGAACUAUUCACGCAAAUGCAACGGGCGAUGCCUGGCGGUUUCAACUUGAAGAUCGGCGAAUCGAUAGAAUACGCUAAGAAGCCAGGAAAGAUGCAAAUCGUAAAGGUUCUAAAAGACUCGCAACAGGCCGUCGAUUUCUACAAGAGCGGGGCAAUCCAUACACAACCCGGGGAGUCUCCAUCGUCAGUAUCCAAACCAACGCCAAAAGGCAAACCCGUGCCACCCCGUCCGAUUACUCGGGGCAAGCUUAUCAAGCCGGGUGGUCCUGGUGGCAGACCUUCUCGAGUCACCAACUCUCGUCCUAGCACUACCAAGCGUGGUCCAGUAGCGCUCCAGACUCCACGACCGGUCCCAGUUCCAACUCCCGCUGCCUCCGUCACAAGCAGCAUUCCAAACCAUACCCGUAACCAAAGCUCAACAUCGUCUGUGCGCGCGCCACCUCCACCGCCGCCGCCCGCCGCUCCUCCAGCAGUGAAGGGCAAGAUGACCGCCAAAGUUCUUUACGACUUUGCUGGUCAUAAAGAGAACGAACUCUCGAUAAGGGCCGGCGAAAUCAUCGAGAUCGUCCAAAAAGAGAACAACGGCUGGUGGUUAGCAAAGAACGCUCAAGGGCAGGCGUGGGUACCUGCAGCAUACGUCGAGGAGCAAGCAGCAGCCCCUCCGCCAGCACCAGCUCUAGCUCCGCGGGCACCGCCGCCUCCCCCAAGCCAAAACGGCACGGCAACAGCAGCACGGAAUAAGCCUACACCUCCACAGCCUCCAGCGAAGCGACCUACUGCUGGGAAGAAGCCUGCAGCACCUCCACAACCCCGGGACUCGGGUAUGAGUCUAAACGCAAACGGCGGCUCGGACAACAGUCGUAGUAGUACACCGACGCCCAGUGUUAAGGGCUCCCUAGCUGAUGCCUUACUGGCGAGAAAGAACGCUAUGCAGAUUAAGAAGGAUGAUGAUGACGAUUGGUGA